CCCGGACAAAGACACGCUGAGACAGACACCACCACCACCCUUGAAGCCCAGCCGCCCACGAUGCUUCUCCUCGACUACCAGAACGCCCUCAUCCAGUCGGUGCUGACCGAGCGCUUCUCCGGAGCCCCGCCCGUCCACAUCGACCAGACCGUAUCCGACUUCGACGGCGUGACAUUCCACAUCUCGACUCCUGAGGUCAAGACCAAAAUCCUGCUGUCUAUCCAGAUCCGAUGCUUCAAGGACCUCGCCAAGUACGGCGCCGAGCAGGUUCUGCAGCGCGAAUAUGGGCAGUACGUCGUCCCGGUCGAGCCCGGCUAUGACUUCUCAGUGCUGGUCGACCUGGAGAACCUGCCGGAGUCCAAGGAGGAACGCGACGCGUUGGCGAUGCAGUUCGCCCUGUUGAAGCGCCACGCCAUGGCUGCGCCGUUCGAGCAGGCAUACGAGGAGCACUACACGCUGAAGGAGGAGGCAUCCAAGUUCAGCUCAGAGGAUGCCCCCAAGGGCGUCAUGGAAGGCGGCGAGGUCAAGGCCAUCCACUACCGAGAGGAGGAGGCCAUCUACGUCAAGGCCAGCCACGAUCGCGUCACGGUCAUCUUCAGCACAAUCUUCCGGGAGGAAACCGAUCGGGUGUACGGAAAGGUCUUCAUCCAGGAGUUUGUCGAUGCACGAAGACGGGCCAUCCAGAAUGCGCCGCAGGUGCUGUUCAGGAACGACCCCCCGCUUGAGCUGCAGGGCGUCCCCGGCGUCCAAGACACCGGAUCUGGAGAGAUUGGAUACGUCACAUUCGUUCUCUUCCCGAGGCACCUCACUCCCGCGAGAAUGCCCGCUGUCAUCUCCCAUAUCCAGACAUUCCGAGACAACUUCCACUACCACAUCAAGGCCUCCAAGGCCUACAUCCACUCCCGAAUGAGGAAGCGAACCGCAGACUUCCUGCAGG